GGGAAUGCUGAGGAGGGGGUCUAGUUGAGAGAGAAACACAGUCAUUACUGAGGUCCCUGAGGAUACGGAGAGGAGAUAUAUCUCAGUGUGUGUGUAUAAAACGAAGGCACCGCUGCUUGUAUCUAACAGACCCGAGGACAAGACAGGGCGUUUCAGCUCCGAGAUCACAACAGAAGUCUGCGAUAAGUCGUUGUGACAGAAUAGCUGUGAACAGUAGCAGGGGUUGAGGGGAAAUCUUUCAGAUGCUGACAGGAUCCAAGCAGUUGAAAAGAGAGAAAACUAAAGUGAGAGAACUCUAAGAUGACAAAGCAGGCAGCUGCACAGGAACUGGACGAGCUGUGUUUCCUCUCAGCCCAGGCCAUGUGCACCCUGGAAACAUCUGACCACUUCACCAUGGUCAAGCUCCUUGGGGAAGCCUCCUACGGCAAGGUCAUGCUGGCCGUCCACAAAAAGAGAGGAACUCCCAUGGCUCUGAAGUUCUUCCAACGGCGCUCCACCUCCCUCUUCUCCUUCCUGCGCGAAUACAACCUCUCCCUCUCCUUCUGCACUCACCCCUCGCUCACCAGGGCCCUCGGCAUCUUCUUCUCCACUCCCCUCCGACUACGUCUUCGCUCAGCAGGCCGGUCUCUAUGGCGACCUCUACAGCGUCAUCGUGUCCGAGGUGAGUGGGGAGUGGUGGCCGGAGGCCUGGCUGUGGUGUGCGUGAGAGCCGUAGCGUCACGGGGAGAGCGGCGCCUGGGCCUCGUUAGCUGGCACCUGCACCGUCACGUUCUUCUGAUACAUGAUGUCCUGCUGAAGCUGCUGUCGGUCAGCAAAAACAUGCAAACUGAUAAAGACUGGAACCUUCCACUAACCCCCCCACCCUCCACACACACACACACACACACCUUACCACCUGACUACCCUGUGUCCGUGCCUGUCAGUGACGUGCUGGGCUCUGGUGAAGAUGCUAACCCUCUCCCUGCUAUCUAUCAUGGACUGAGAGGGAAAUACGUGUUGUAG